AUGGAGACACAGGAUGUGGUUCUCGUGCUUGCAGCUAGCAAGUCUCAAAGGAAGGAUUCUUUGCCGGCACCAAAUCCUGGGCCGGCAGAGCUCGACAAUGUCCCAUCCGUAGUGCAAAGUUCCUAUGUAACAAGCCCUUCUGAUCAAGGAAUCCCUCUAUCGAGCGCAGCUCCAGCUAAUCCUGCUGAAGAGAAGUCCCGCAAGUCGGGAUCUGAAGAACUGGUGCAUCCUAGCGACGCCACUUCGGUCAAGGAUGACAAGACCCGACUGAAGAAUUCGCAGUCUCCCUGCAGGUGUUCCCCUGAAGUGGGUUCGCCUUGCAAUGGCACCAGUGCUGGUGCUGCUAAAGAGAAUCAUACAAUAACCGUGCAGGACACCGCACAGCAACCUCUGUCAAAGGCUACGGCCGCGGAAGGUGAUGAACACGAAGAUGAUGAAGAGGCGUACAAGACUGCAAACUUGAAGAUCCAACAAAUGUCUGGUAAGAAGUUUCCUAAGGUAAUUUUGGUUGAGUGGGUUGCAUUUGUGUGCAUCAUGGGACUUCUGAUCACAAGUUUAACUGUUCACAAGCUGCGAGAUACUUGUAUUUGGGGAUUGAGAUUGUGGAGAUGGUGUCUGCUGGUGUUGGUGAUUUUUUGUGGUAGGCUAGUGACUGAGUGGUUGAUCAAUAUAGUGGUCUGCUUGAUUGAAAGGGAAUUUUUGCUCAAAAAGAAGGUUCUGUACUUUGUGUAUGGAUUGAAAAAGGGUGUGCAGGCAUUUAUCUGGUUAGGUUUGGUUCUUUUAGCUUGGGCCUUAUUAAUAAAUCAUGGAGUCAAGCGAUCAAGGCCCACGAAAAAGAUUCUGAAUUACGUUACAAGGGCUCUUGCUUCUUGUCUUAUUGGAGCUGCCAUAUGGUUGAUCAAGACCCUGUUGAUAAAGUUACUAUCUUCUUCAUUCCAAUGCACGAGGUUCUUCGAUCGCAUCCAAGAGUCGCUUUUUCACCAGUACAUUGUCAGGACCCUUUCAGGCCUGCCACUGAUGGAGAUGGCCGAAAUGGUUGGUAGAUCGAGAAGUAGUGGCCAACUCAGUUUUAUGAAAUACAAUAAAGAGGGAGCUAAGAAGCAAGCGGAGGUGAUUGAUGUUGAGAAGUUGCAUAAGAUAAAGCAAGAUAAAGUUUCUGCUUGGACCAUGAAAGGGUUGAUUAAUGUCAUUAGCGUGUCGGGGCUGUCAACUCUUGCUGAGAGCCUUGAACAAAGUGAUGACGAGGAGGCAAAGCAACAAGAUAGGGAGAUCACUAAUGAAUGGGAGGCCAGGGCUGCUGCUUAUCAGAUAUUCAGGAAUGUAGCGAAGCCCGGGAGCAAGUUCAUUGAAGAGGAGGAUCUUUUGCGCUUCAUGAAGAAGGAAGAUGUUGACAACGUAAUCCCGCUGUUUCCAGAAGCAGUGGAAACUAGGAAGAUCAGGAGAUCAUCUUUGAAGAAUUGGCUGGUAAAUGUGUACCUUGAACGUAAAUCUCUUGCACUCUCCUUAAACGACACGAAAACAGCCAUAGACGAGCUGAAUAACCUUGCUUCAGCGGUUUUGCUUAUUGUGAUCAUCAUUAUCUGGUUACUUUUGAUGGGAUUUAUGACGACAAAAGUACUCGUCUUCAUAUCAUCUCAGCUUUUGCUUGUGGUGUUUAUGUUCGGUAACACAGCCAAAACCGUUUUCGAAGCCAUCAUAUUCGUUUUUGUAAUGCAUCCGUUUGAUGUGGGUGACCGUUGUGUAAUUGAUGGAGUGCAGAUGGUGGUUGAAGAGAUGAAUAUAUUGACUACAAUCUUCUUGAGAUAUGACGGUGAAAAGAUAUUCUACCCAAAUUCAGUUUUGGCAACUAAACCUAUCAGCAAUUUCUAUAGGAGCCCAGAAAUGAGCGACGUGGUGGAGUUCACUGUUGACUUCUCUACUUCAGUCGAAAAGAUUGGAGAUCUAAAAUCUAGAAUUAAAACGUACUUGGAAAGCAAGCCUAAACACUGGCGUCCGGGUCAUAAUGUUGUGGUUAAGGAGAUCGAGGAUGUUAACAAGUUGAAGUUGGGCCUCUACGUUACUCACACGAUCAAUUUCCAAAACUACGGUGAUAAGAACAGCCGCAGAUCCGAGCUUGUGUUGCAACUCAAGAAAAUCUUUGAAGAACUUGAUAUUAAGUAUCGUCUGCUCCCUCAAGAAGUUCAAAUCAGCUAUAUCGGAUCGGCAGCUACUAAUGGACGGCUUUGACUCGUCCAGCAAGUUCCUAGUUUGCUGCAAGUAAGCGCCUACUUCUUUCUUCUCUUGAUUAGCGUGUCACCCCGGAUGUUUGUGUUCCUCGCUCGAAACUGGGACAUCUAGACAUUAACAUCUAUAAUCUCAAAAAUGCCGAGUGUGAAGUCACCGCACUUCUUGUGCUUGAUCAGAUUCGAUCUUUCAUAACCUGUGCUUCUAUAUUUCUUUUCAAUUCUUCUAAGGCGGUAAAACUUAGUGUCGUAUUUCAGAUUAGUCUUUCAGUGUAUCAUUAGCUUCGAUUUGGUUGAAAGAUUGUUAGUCCAGGAAAAUGCUUAAGGCUUGAUGAUUAGUGAAGCAUCAAGUACUUCACGAUUUCCACUUCUUUCGGAUGAUUAUCUUGACUGUACUGUAAAUUCGUUGAACAGCUUUGCGCUCAUAUUGUUGAACCGCAGAUGUAUUUGGUUGGUGC